AUGUAUACGACUGAGCCUCAGCCAAAGACUGGUAAUCGUGUGCAUGAGGUCCAUGCUGGGAAGGCCUUAGGGGGAGGAAGCGUGAACAACUUCGGUGCCUGGAGUCGCGGUGAUGCGACUGACUAUAACGACUGGGCCAGAAUAGUCGGAGACCAGCGAUGGAGCUAUGAAGGAUUGCUCCCCUACUUUCGCAAGUCUGAGUCUUUCUUCGAUUCUAAGGCAGAUCCUAAGCAACACGGAUUCGAGGGACCGAUUCGUAUCACCUCGGUCUCGGAGAGUGACCCCAACCGACGAUACCCCCUUCGGGAGCCAAUCAGGGAGGCCUGGAAUGAGAUUGGGGUUCAAUAUAUCCCGGAUGCCUGCUCCGGGAAUUUGUCUGGCAUCAGUGAAUUCCUAGAGACUUGGUAUGACGGAAAGCGUCAAACAACACAGCAAGCGUACAGCCUGGAAGGAGUAAAUGUUAUUACGGAGGCUACCGUCCAUCGGGUCGAGUUUGCCGAUGGCGAUCAGAGCGAACAGAAGAGGGUUAUUGCAGUGUUUCUGUCGGAUGGUCGCCGCUUCAGUGCACGGAAGGAAGUCAUCCUUGCGGCUGGUACCCUCCAGACACCCCAGGUCCUCAUGCUAUCUGGAAUCGGACCGGGAAAUACAUUAUCCCAGUAUGGGAUUUCAACGGUUAUCGACGCGCCAGAGGUUGGCAAGAACCUGAACGAUCAUUUUGCGCUCUACCAGCUAUACAAGUUGCGUAAUCCCGAGCGCGGCCUGGCAUUGGGCAGCCCUACCCUCUCAGAUCCCGCAUUCAUAAAGGGCUUUCCGACAGAUUGGGCGAUCAAUCAAGAUGUGCCGAGGCAUGUUUUGGAGGCAGCAGUGCACAAUGACAACGCAAGAUUCAGCUCUUCCAUCAACGAAUCCCUCCUGAAACCUGGCCGACCGCUUGUCGAGACAUUGGUCCUCUAUGCUCCAAUUGGUGCCCCCGGCAUCCCAUUGGACGGCAGCUUUAUCAUGACUUCGGUCAUGCUACUUGCUGCAACUUCUAGAGGAACCGUCAGUAUUCGGUCGUCAUCACCUACGGACUCUCCCCUGGUCGACUCCAACUAUUUCCACACCGAGGCCGAUCGUGUCACUCUCGUCCAUGGCACUCGCCGCACAGUGCAGGCGUUGCUAGAGACGUCCGCGUUAGCGGAUUAUGUUGAGGCUGAGGUGCCUUUCUCUGGAAUGUCGGCUUUAUCCUCACAAUCGUCGGACGACGAGUUCGAGGCCCGGAUCCGCGCGGCUGGUAUGGCCCAUUACCAUCCAGCUGGCACCGCUGCAAUGGGCAAGGUAGUCGAUCCGGACCUCCGCGUCUAUGGGGUCCAGAACAUUCGAGUUGCGGAUGCAAGUAUCCUGCCCUUGAGCAUCGGGGGCCACCCGCAGGCGACUCUCUAUACAGUUGCAGAGCAAGCUGCAGAUAUAAUUCUUGGGGCCAAGGCUUAG